AUGGACGAUCUGCUGCAGAGUUCUGCCAUGGAGCUUCGGCUCAAGUGGCUGGUAUUUCAAUUGGAUACGCCCUUGAGCACGGCGUCGUGGCCGGCCUCCCUGCAGCAGCUAUCGUUCGGAUUUCGCUUCAACCAGCCCAUCGCCGACGUCAUGUGGCCGUCCUCCCUGCAGCAAGUAUCAUUCGGAUGGUACUUCAACCAACCCAUUGCCGAAGUCGUUUGGCCCGCCUCCCUGCUGCAGCCAUCGUUCGGGAGUAGAUUCAACCAGACCAUCGCCGACGUCGUGUGGCCGACCUUCCUUCAGCAGCUAGAUUUUGGUGAUAACUUCGACCAGCCCAUUGCCGAAGUCGUGUGGCCGGCCUCCCUGCAGCAGCUAUCGUUUCUUAACGAAUUCAACCAACCCAUCGUCAACGUCAUGUGGCCGGCCUCCCUGCAGCAGCUAGCUGUCCUGUCGUUAGGGAAUAGGUUCAACCAGCCCAUCGUCGAAGUCAUGUGGCCGACCUUCCUUCAGCAGCUAUCGUUUGGAGACGACUUCGACCAGCCCAUUGCCGAAAUCGUGUGGCCGGCCUCCCUGCAGCAACUAUCGCUUGGCUUUUACUUUACCCAGGCCAUCGCCGAAGUCGCGUGGCCGGCCUCCCUGCAGCAGCUAUCGCUUGAUUAUUUUUUCACCCAACCCAUCGUCAACGUUGCGUGGCCGGUCACCCUGCAGCAGCUAUCGUUUGGAUUUUGCUUCAAUCAGGCCGUCGCCGGAGUCGAGUGGCCGGCCUCUCUGCAGCAGUUGUCGUUCGGGUGUGAAUUUAACCAGCCGAUUGUUGAAAGUGUGUGGCCGGCCUCCCUGCGGAAGUUAUUGUUUGGGAAUUUCUUCAACCAGCCCAUCGCCGAUGUCGUGUGGCCGGCCUCCCUGCAGCAGCUAUCGUUUGGAUUGCACUUCAACCAGCCCGUCACCGAAGUUGCAUGGCCUCCCUCACUGCAGCAUUUAAAAGUUGGAGACAAAUUCCAGCAGUCUCUGAUCGAAGUCGCAUGGCCGACCUCCUUGCAAAGUGUCACUCGCAACAGGGCCAGUCUACUAUGGCAGCCGUCGAGGAGGCACACCUCCGGUUGUGGGAGUCCUGCGUUCGGAAUGCAGUGGGGGUAUGGCUAG